UUAAGUGCCACAGUAGAAAAAGUUUAUAUUUAUCUACAUUCUAAUGCUGAAGUAGGCCUACAAUCUCUCAGGUCCAAUACAGUAGAUAAUAAAAACCCUGAGAGUUUCUGAAUUCAUAUUGAAAUAUAUAGAAUUGAAAUGGUUGCUUUUAUUUGUUGUUUAAUAUCCAUAAUGUGUAUUUAAUGACUUUAACAUAUAAGCACAUUCCAAAGUAGUUCCUUAAAGUGCAAUAUUUUGCAGUUGAUGGUUCUCAUUUGUGCCAUUUUGGAUUGUGUCUUCAGAACACUGAGAGAUUUUAUUCUUGUAUGAGAGCACUGUUUAGAUUGCAUGAAUCCUUAUCUUCUUUGCACAUGUGUUUGUUUGUACUUUGUGGAUUUUAUUCUCUGCCACUUCACCUUUAAAUAAAGGUGCCUGAAAAUAUUCUGUAGUUAUUUCCACAGUGACAAUAUAAGGUGCUGCAAAAGCAAAUUAGCUCAAUAGUCCUUCUAACAUGAAGGACAUACAGAGGACAAGAAAAAUUAGAGAUUUUUGUGUUUGUUUGUUUGUUUUUCAAAAGUUGGAUGAGAAGAUACUAUUCUCAAGCUUGUACAAUAAGUACACAGCUGGAGCUACAUACUUAGCUUAGCAUAAAUUCUUGGACACGGAAGGAAACAGUGUGGUCCUGUCCAAAAGGUAACACCCAGCAGUGCCAAUAACACCCACAGCUUAACACGUUGUGACUUGUUUAUCUGAAAAAAACAAAAAACAAACAGUACCAGCAAAAUAUUUUGAGUCUUGGUUGCUUGAAAACUUCCUGUUUUCAGUCUUUGUGCUAAUGUUAAGCUAGGAUAAGCUAUCCUGAUAUAGCUUUAGGUUUAGUCUACAAACAUGAAAGUGGUAUAAAAACUUUUUUAUGUCAAAUGUUCUCUAAAUUAUGUGAUCAGUCAUCCAGAUUUCAUUAAAGAUUUUAUGUCACAAUAGGAAAAGUACAGAUGUAUAUAAUUAUUAUUUCAGGGUCUCAGUAUUGUUCCUGCUGGCUCACUGUCCUGGUUUACUAAACCUUUAAGAACUUGAAAAGAACCGAGCCAUCAUUUACCAAAGCAUCAGAACUCCAACAUAUUCUCAUUUAUGUAGCUUAAGUAACUCAGGAAACCAUUAAUGUAUUUUACUCCUAUAAGGCCUUAAUAUGACUCCAUAGACACAAGCCCCACCAGGGGUGGGAUUGUCCUAGUUUGAAAAACACUGUGUGCUGCAUGUUUGUCAACACUCUGCGUCAUUUGCUGUCGUCAGGGCUUUGGAGAGAUGUUUUUGUGGAAAUGGGCUGUCGUCAUGUGCCAGAAGCCAUCAGAGGAUACCAAAGAUCAUAAGCAUGUUCAUGACUGAGUAAUGUCCCAAGGGAGGAAAUCAUUUGGAGAGGGUGCCCAGAGUCAGAUGCCAGUAACAGUGCAAAUUGCUUACUCUCAUUAUUACUAUUUAUUUAUUUUAUUCUUGUACUGCAUAUUACAUUUAGUAUUGAAUUUUGCCUUACACUUUAAUUUGUAGCUUUGUUUCUUGCUGCCAUAGUAGUCUCAUCUUUUAUUUUUCUCCUGGGCCCUGCUCUGAGAACAUAUGAUGAGGCUCUUAAUCUGACCUGUGCACAGCACUUCCUCUUCCUUUUCCUUUACUUUCUGGCAGUAACACUGCCCUCACACUCCGGUGAACAGAAUCACCCCUAUUUAACCCUGUUAUUUGGCUCACAGACACAAAACCUGCAACACUUGCCAUCCCCUACAUUCAUUUGCCUCUACUCUGACCAGUCAUAAGUAUGAUCUGGCUUUGCAUUACCUUGGUGUCAGUUACUUCAGUCAUCUCUGGUCAAAAUAUAAACACAAGUCAGAUUAAAGUUUUCCCUGCACUGAACCAAAGCAUUGCCGGAGUAUUCCAGGUCACCUACCUAAAUUACAACAAUCAGCCUGAGUAUGCCUUCAAUGCUUCUCAAGCUCGGCAGCUCUGCUUGUCCCUUGGAAUGAGCAUUGCUUCAAAAGCUCAAGUAGAGGAAGCCCUCCGCAGAGGUUUAGAGACUUGCAGGUUUGGCUGGAUUGAUGAACAUUUUGUAGUCAUUCCACGCAUCAAGGCAGCUUCUAACUGUGGUAGAAACCGCAUAGGCUUGAUAACCUGGCGAGUCCUUGUGAAUGAAAAGUUUGAUGUGUUUUGCUUCAAUGAAUCAGGUGCGGUGAGACAAGUGGAGAAUCCAACAACUAGUAGCCCUUUGAGCAGCAGGGAAUACUCUAGCUCCACCCUAACCACAUACUCUACAUCCUACUCCUACUCCUCUGUUCCUCCUACUUACUCAUCUCCUACAACCACAGACAGCGAGGUUGAACCAGCCCACUCUGUCAGCAGGGCUCAAGGCUCUCCUGGAGUAAAAGUUAUAGUCAUCAUCUCAGCCUGUGCCAUUCUGCUUGUCGCAGUAAUCAUCCUUGCAUUCCUAAAAUUGAGGAGGCGUUGCCCUUGGAACGCUGACAUGAAGCAGAAGCAGCCAGAGGACAUUGAGACAGAGGAGUGGAAACAUGUGAAGAAUAUAAAGGAAACCAAGAAAGAUGCUCAGGAAGAUGAGACAAUAAAAGUGGGUGUUGAUGCAAGUUAAACAGUUCUCUUGAUUAGAUAUUUUGAAGAAACACACCAUGGACAGCUGUUCUUUUUAAGGAUAAAGAUGUGUAUUCCAUGAUUUUUGUGAAUGUAAUGUGAGAGAAUGAA